UAAAAACUGGCUUUAUAUGUUGACUUCGAACUCGACUGAUUGUUGUCGAUGAUUUAAUUUCAAUACUACCUCGAUCUAAGAUUCUCACUUCUAGCUCCUUAAGAGUUUUUUUAUCCCCCUAAACUGUUGUUUCUUGAUGCUUGUUCUAGAAGCACACAGCAUUUUUUCCUGUCAUCAUGGGAGAUAGAGAGACUUCAGUGGCACAAAUAUCUGUUGCUACUGAUCAUAGUAUAAAGGCUGCUGGAGAUUAUAAUGAUACUAGCAUAAAGGCUGCUUCUGACACUGAUGCUUCUGCUUCUGCUUCUGAAACCAAUGGAGAUUUGGCAGCUCCUUCCACGGCGUCUGCAGCAGGAGACUUAGUUUCUUCAGCCGGUUCUGUCAAUGAAACUGAUUCAGCAGCUUAUACUUCUAAUAUAUAUGCUGGUGGUGCAGCAGUUGUGAACUAUGCCCAGCAAGAAAUUCCCCCCGUCAUGGCAUAUGAUACUAAUGCAUCCGUGGAUCCAUCUCACUUUGGUGCUUAUGAGUCCUCUGUAAAUGGCAAUACUGUCAGUGAAACAGGAAGUGUCGCAACAUCUUUAAUCUCUGAAAAUCGGAUUUCUCAUGCUGGGCUUAUUGAAUCUGCUGCUUUCCAUCAACCAGUUGAUGAUUCUGCACUAACUGCAGAAGAACAAAGAUUGUGGAGCAUAGUGACGGCUAAUUCGUUGGAUUUUAAUGCAUGGACUUCCCUGGUUGAAGAAACAGAGAGAGUAUCUGAGGCAAGCAUUUUGAAGAUUCGAAAAGUUUAUGAUGCAUUUUUAUCUGAAUUUCCACUAUGUUAUGGUUAUUGGAAGAAAUAUGCUGAUCAUGAGGCACGCCUCAGCUCAGUCGACAAAGUUGCAGAGGUUUAUGAAAGAGCUGUUCAAGGAGUUACUUACUCAGUUGACAUGUGGUUGCACUAUUGUGUAUUUGCCAUUAACACCUAUGGGGAUCCUGACAUUAUCAGAAGGCUAUUUGAAAGAGGAUUAGCUUAUGUUGGAACUGAUUAUCAGUGCUUUCCUCUUUGGGAUAAAUACAUUGAGUAUGAAAUUUCUCAGCAAGACUGGCCCCGUGUUGCUGCCAUUUACACACAGUUAUUGGAGAUCCCGAACCAGCAGCUGGAUCGCUAUUUUGAAGGAUUUAAGGAGCUACUAGCCAGUCGGCCUUUAUCAGAGUUGCAAACUCCUGAGGAAGCUGCCGCAGCAGCUGCUGCAAAUUCAGACGGAGAUGGUAAUAAAACUGAAGGAGAAGAUCGUGCAAAUGUUGCGGAUCAGACUCCUAAGCCUGUAAGUGCAAGCUUAAAAGAUGCGGAGGAGUUGGAGAAGUAUAUUACCAUUAGAGAAGAAUUAUAUAAGAAAGCUAAAGAGUUCGAUUCUAAGAUCGUUGGCUUUGAAACAGCUAUCAGAAGGCCUUAUUUUCAUGUGCGCCCCCUCAAUGUUGCAGAGCUUGAAAAUUGGCAUAACUAUCUCGAUUUUAUCGAAGGUUGUGACGACUUCAAUAAGAUUGUCAAGCUCUAUGAGAGAUGCCUAGUGGCUUGUGCCAAUUAUCCUGAAUACUGGAUACGGUAUGUACUGUUCAUGGAAGCUAGUGGAAGUAUGGAGCUUGCUGACAAUGCGCUUGCUCGUGCUACUCAAGUUUUCGUCAAGAGACAACCUGAAAUCCAUCCUUUUGCCGCUCGAUUCAGAGAACAGCACGGUGACAUUUCUGGGGCUCGAGCUGCUUUUCAACUUGUUCACACUGAAAUUUCGCCCGGGCUUUUGGAAGCCAUCAUCAGACAUGCUAACAUGGAACAUCGACUUGGGAAUCUGGAAGAUGCAUGCUCUUUAUAUGAACAGUCCAUUGCAAUUGAGAAAGGGAAGGAACAUUCACAGACUUUACCUUUGUUGUUUGCCCAGUAUUCACGCUUCCUUUACUUGGUUCCUGGCAAGGUGGAAAUGGCUAGGGAAAUUCUUGAUCAAGCAGUUGAGAAUAUCCAGUUGUCGAAACCAAUUUUGGAGGCAUUGAUUCACUUAGAGUCACUACAGUCACUUCCAAAGCGAAUUGAUUAUUUGGAUUCGUUGGUUGAUAAGUUCAUUGUUCCAAAUACUGACAGCCCUAACGUUCCAACUAUUGCUGAAAGAGAAGAGCUAUCAAGCAUUUUCUUGGAGUUUUUGGAUCUCUUUGGAGAUGCACAGUCUAUACAGAAGGCUGAUUAUCGACACGCUAAACUUUUCUUGCGGCACAGGAGCACGUCAGAGUCAAAGAAGCGCCAUUCAGAAGAUUACUUGAUUUCAGACAAAACUAAGCUUGCAAAGUCAGUUACUCCAUCCACCCCUUCCAUUGUGGGUGCAUUUCCAAACACGCAAAAUCCGUGGCCAGCAGGUUAUGGUGUACAGCCUCAAGCUACUCAAGCUCAAGUACCACAGUGGAACCCUGGUUAUGCCCAACAGGCUGCAUAUAGCGCAUACGGUAGUUAUGGAACAAAUCAACAAGUACCUACAUCAGUGCCCCAAAGUGCUGCUUAUGGAACUUAUCCUCCAACUUAUUCAACCCAGGCGUUUCCCCAACAAAGUUAUGCACAACCCGCGGGAGCUGCAAGCUUGACUCCAGCACCACCACCUUCUGCAGUUCCACCUGCUUCAUAUUACGGCAGUUUCUAUUGAGCAGGCGAAUACUGUUACUAAUCAAUUUUGCUUGCCUGUAAUUUAAUCUCUUUACCCGUCCGGUAUAAGUACUCCAAUAUCGUGAACUUAGACAGAUGGCCAGGUAGUAGAGCACUUGGGUAGGGUGGUGAGAGUACUAGUUUGUAUGUUAACUUUGUAGCCAACUUGAUUCAUACAUAACUUUUUCUAGGUAUCUUCUCGAGUAUUUUAAAUUUUUGUGUUA